AUGGCUGCUCCUUCGUCCUCCAAGUCUAACUUCUGGCUCGUUGCAGCGCCUUCACCCAACUUUGAGGAUAUCCCGACCAUCAAGAUCGGUGACCAUGAAGUUCCUCUUCCGUCGUAUUUCCUAAUCCUAGGCUUGGUCGAGCCCGGCAGGUCGGAAGACGAGAUAGUCCAAAACGUCAUGCAACACACGGGGACGAAAGCCCUCAACGUCCUGACCGAGAUCGUCCACAACAUUGCGGAAAACCAACGACUACUCUCAACGUCGCCCAAGUCAUCGAAGAGAUUUAGCGUCGCGCUCAAGAAGUCGAAGAACAUCAGUGGCAACCGAGCUAGUCGGGUUGAAGCGCGACGGGCACUUCGCGUAGUUGAGGAGCAGCUGGAGACCGCCAACCAGACGGAGAAGAAGAUCCUCAACGAAGCGAUGAUCCUCUCUCAGCGCAAGGAAGAGCUCAACAGCAUGAAGAUGACUCCGGAGGAGAGAUUGAGGACAUUAGACGCAGUCGAACAGCAGAUGAAGCAGGUGCUUCGAAAACACCACGACGUCGAGACGGAAAUCAGUCACGCCCAACGUCUGUCAGUCAUCCACAAAGCUUCGCUUGCGUAA